UGUGACAUCGCCAACUCUGGUCUGCCCUGCACGUCAGUGCCAUGGGACAGCUGUGAGCACAUCGAGAUGCUGGUCAACAGGCUGUUGGUGCCCUAUGUUAACCAGGUCCAUAAUAAAUUCCCAGGCUGGAGUAUGGACCAGGCACUUCAAGGUGCUGUUGCCGGCUACAACGGUGGGGGUCAGCAGAGUGAACUCAUGGGAGGCCGUCGAUGCCGGAACUACCGGCCCACGGACUACAGCAAUGACGUCCAUCGCCAGGGCCAAAUGGCUCAUGGCCCAACGGAUGGAACUAGACCGUCAUAGUUAUAUCGAAUGUAAAUAGAGCAUAAAAAACUGUUUUG